AUGGCUGUCUAUCACGAUCUUGAUUGGCUGUUCGCCAUCGGUACCAUCUUUUUUCUUCUUUCUGUUUGGGGCAUUGGUGCCAAUGAUGUAGCCAAUUCCUACGCAACUUCGGUCAGCUCCAGGUCCCUGACCUUGAUUCAAGCCGGUCUUCUUGCGACGAUCACCGAGUUCAUUGGUGCUAUUGCCCUUGGACAGCAGGUUACCUCGACCAUUCGCAGCGGUGUGUUCUCGAUCGACCGCUUUUUGGACUCACCAGGAGUAUUGAUAAUGGCCAUGGUGGUUGCCGAAAUCGGCUCCUCGAUAUGGCUUACUGUCUGCACGUAUCUCGGGUUUCCCGUGUCCACUACCCAAUCUAUCGUCGGUGCUCUCAUUGGCGUUGCCAUUGCGGCAGAUCUCCCUGUCCACUGGGGCUGGAAAUCCCAGAGUGUUUCCCAAAUAGCUGCUUCCUGGGGUAUCGCUCCUGUCAUCUCGGCCGCAUUCGGUGCGAUAAUCUUCGCCAGUAUUCGGCUGCUUGUGCACUCCCGUGAGGAUCCCAUGAAAUGGGCGUUGCGGGUGCUACCAUUCUACUACGCUCUUACUGCUGGUAUUCUAGCGUUAUUCAUCGUGGUUAGUGGUGGUCACGGAAUCCCUGAUCUCGAGGAAUUGGGUGCAGGCAAGGCGUGUGGUAUCAUUAUUGGCGUUUUUGCCGGUGUCUGGGUUAUUAGUGCCGUAUUCUUUGUCCCUUACUACUGGCGCAGCCUGGUCAAGGAAGACCGCCGCCUACGCUUCUGGCAUAUCCCCAUGGGUCCUCUUCUCUGGCGGGAUAACUACACCUUAUACUUCCCCGGUAACUCAGAAACGGGAAUUGUGCCCAAUUAUUAUGAAAGCGACCUAAAUGCGAUGAACGAGAAGGGCGAGACGGACACCCUUGGCUCUCUCACUGAGACGCACAAUUCCACCCUCAACAGCCCAGAAAUCGAACCUGUCAAAGGUGAACCCAGCACCGCUGAGAACGAAGCUAAGAAGGCGGAUGGCAAGAUUGCAGAGAAGCAUCAGAAGGAACUUGAAGCUGUAGACUCUCUGCCCUGGGCGCAUCCCAAACGGAUCUUCGCCACCCUCAAGCUUGUUUUCACAUAUGGUAUUUCCCAGGAUGUCAUCCAUCAUCAGUCAAAGGGUCUUGAUCAUAUUCAUCAACGUGCCCCCGCUUUUGACAACAAAGUUGAGCAUCUAUGGACGACUGCUCAGGUUUGCUCUGCUAUGAUCAUGUCUAUCUCGCACGGCGCCAACGAUGUCUCCAAUGCCAUUGGCCCAUUCACGACCGAAUACAUGACAUGGCACACCGGUGUAACAUCUACCAAAACCGACACCCCGACUUGGAUCAAGGCUGUUGGUGGUCUUGGACUUGGUUUUGGUUUCUGGACUUUUGGAUACCACAUUAUGCGCAAUCUUGGUAACCGCAUUACGAAACACACACCUACCCGCGGGUACAGCAUGGAGCUGGGCGCUGCGAUUACCGUGCUACUUGCGUCGCGGCUGGGUCUGCCCGUUUCAACAACGCAGUGCAUUACCGGUGCCGUGCUGGGUGUUGCCUUAGUCAAUAUGGAUUUGAGAAGUAUCAAUUGGAAACAGCUAGGAAAGAUCUUCUUCGGGUGGGUUUUGACUCUUCCGUGUGCUGGCUUGAUUAGUGGAAUUAUCAUGGGGAUGGCACUUAACGUUCCCCAAUGGGGACGUUGA